GCGACGUUUUUCCGAGACUAGGGUGGCUGGUGGACUGGGCGACGGGGCUCCAAGCGAGGGUGAAGAGGACGGCGGCCGAGCUCGACAGUAUAAUGGAGAGGACGAUCACGGAGCACGAGGGGGACCCAGGAAAGGACGACGGCGAGGCUCCGGACCUCCUGGACGACUUGCUCUUGAUCGCCAAGGAUGGUGACCAGGGGUUUAAGCUGGAUCGGAUCGAUGUGAAGGGAGUCAUCUUGGACAUGUUCAUAGCAGGCACCGACACGACCUACAAGACGAUAGAAUGGACCUUGGCCGAGCUCAUGAAGAAUCCAAGAGAAAUGGCAAAGGUGCAAUCAGAGGUGAGACAGGUUGCUGCAGGCGCGCAUGGAGGAGUCCUCGAGGAGGAGCUGGAAAAGAUGAACCUCCUACAGGCGGCCAUGAAGGAAACAUUGCGGUUACACCCGCCGGUGCCGCUCCUCAUCCCACGCGAAUCCAUUCAGGAUGCACAGCUACACGGCUAUGACAUCCCGGCCAAGACCCGGGUCAUGGUCAACACGUGGGCCAUAGGGAGGGACGGCGAGUCGUGGGAGAACGCCGAAGAGUUCCGGCCAGAAAGGUUCCUCGGCAGGACCAUCGACUACAAUGGCAAGGACCCUCGGUUCCUACCGUUCGGCGCGGGAAGGAGGGGGUGCCCCGGUAUUGCCUUUGGGACACGCCUCGCAGAGCUCACGCUGGCUAACAUGAUGUACCAUUUCGACUGGGAGCUACCGGAUGGCGAGGAUCCCGAGUCAUUUGAGGUUGUUGAGUCCAGUGGCUUGUCGCCUGGCCUUAAGUCUGCCUUGAUCCUUGGUAUAAAACCUCUGUAAGCAUACAUGGACUGUGUUGGGAGUAA